AUGCCUAAGGAUAAAUUUUACAUGCCUGAAACAUCGACCCCGAUAGAUGACGGGACCCGGCGCCCCAUACCUCAGCCGGGGCAUCGUGGGUUUAUGUUUGUGAAUACCCAGGCUGAUGUUUCGCCAUUUACCAGCAUGAGAAGGGAAAUCAAGUCAUUUGUUGCGAAAAAAGCCAAUCAGCGAAGGAAGAAAGAGGCUAUUGAUCGGUUGAAAUCGUUCCAGCCGUUCAGUGCCCGUACGCCGCAGCGAGAAGAGAACGAGAUGGAAAACGUUCACGGAAAUAACACACAGUUUCCUCAUUCGAUAUAUGAUAAUAGUAUACUGCCAGUCAAAGCAUCCACCGUCAUCAGCCAGAACCAUGCCGACCCUUUUCUCGCUAACCCUGUGCCAAUGAACAACGCCAUGCAUGUGUAUUUUCAUCAUUACAGAUCCUACGUGAUUCCCAAAACGUACCCGUUUAAUGCUGACCGGAUGAACACCUGGUGGACUGAAAGGUCGCUCGUUUCCCCGGCGCUCCUCUACACCAAACUCUGCAUCGGGGCUGGACAUAAGGCGGCUCUUGAAUCUCGCAAUGGUGUUUCCUCUGUAGUUACCCAAAAGUCACUCAGAGAUUGCAUAAAGUUUCGAACAAACGCCAUCAGGGCCUUGAACGAUUUACUGCGGAAUCCCGUAACUGCGGUGGCAGAGUCUACAGUAUUAAGUGUUGGUUCAAUCGUAACAAUCGAGACUAUCAAUGCCGAAUUUGCGGCUCUACAGACACAUAUGAAAGGCCUGGCUACGCUUAUAGAACUAGCUGGCGGUCUUGAUGCAUUCGAGUACAUGACACUUUCCAGCGUAUACCACGCUGUCUCGGGGUAUGCUGCCCUGCAGAACAAACCGCCGAUCAUCCCAAUGUCGGCGAAAUUUCGCAGCGAGGUACUUCACGAGCCCGCCAUUUUUCAUCCAAGGCCUAAUGAGGAUCACGCAAUCGGAUUCGUAAUCCCACCCUAUAUCGCGACUCUCGGCUCUCGCUUUGCUGCUAGCUCCCCAUGGUACACAGAGAUUUCUCCAUCUCUGAAGGACUUUCUCACGAUCUUCACGAGGCUCAUCCAGCAUUUCGAGCUUGGCAAAGUAUAUCCCGAAAUCGUAGAGCCUACCGACAAUGAGCUUUUCGCCAUCUUUCAACACGACUUCCUCUCCGCUAUCCCUGCCAACAAUCCAACAUUACACACGAGCAAUGAUUAUAUUAACCCGCCUAUCCGCUACUCUAUUAUAAUAUACUUAUGGGCCUGUGUCUCUCAUCUCCAAUCUCUGCCUAUCGUGCGCCACAUGGUGGAAACCUUCAAGGACACUCUUGCACCCCGAGUUCCUUACCUCUUGGUGGCCGCGCCUGACUUGCUACUCUGGAUGCUUGUUCUAGGAGUGUUAGCGUCCAAGGGUAACAAAAACACACGCUCAUGGUUUGUUCUUCACUCUGCGCAUGUGGCGCGGCGUCUUGGCAUCAGCGAUAGGAAUCAGGCACGACGUCUGCUCGGAGAGUUCUUUUACACCGAUCAGCCUGAAGAUCUGGGUGAAGGGUUGUGCAUUGAAGAGGUGGUGGCUUCGAGUGUACGUAUAUGUAGAAGUAACGAUUCCGGUUUUGACCGGCCGAUCUCACGCCCCACCGCCCUGUUUUGGGCGACGCGUCUAGCCGGCCUCGACUUCACAAAUGAUCAACACCACAACACCACUCAGCACGACACCACCAUGCCUCCCAAGCGAAAGCGCUCCCGCGAUGGAGAUGCCGGUAAUUUGGAAAACGACUCUCGCAAACGCUACGCUUACUUGAAACCGAGUGUGCGCCGCAUCCCUGAGAAAACCAUCAAGACAAAAUGGACUACUCUGCCAGAACCUGUUCAGGAUAAGGUCCGAGACUUGUUCCAUUCACUCGAGCGGCCAGUGAUAGUACGCCAGCAGAAUGAAAAGAAGCGCAUCGAGGCGCAGAGUGCGCUUCGAGCCGUGGUGCACAAUCUUGGGAAACGCCUACCUCGAAUGCCAUUUCCGCCCAUAACAAAGGACUCCAACUUCGACUACGAGUCUGCGCUCGCCGAACAUCGUUCCCUAGAGGCCAACUUCGCCACGGUCAAGGAUAGCUCGGAUCUCCUGAGAGCUGAGAUUGCCAAGGAGGAGGCACUUCUCGCCGAUGAGAAAUCGUCGCUACAAGAAAUGGAGAAGAAUGCCAAGCGAGCGGAGACCGAGAGGAAGAGACAGAUGAAAAAUGAACAUCCUGUUCUGCGCCAGCUUGAUGAGCUACCACAAACCAACCGCCAAGGGGGCGCUGAAUUUACACUUCUGGAUACUAAAAAGAGCCAAGUAACCUUGGACGAGCUGGACGAUGACCCCGAGAUUAAAGCGCUGAUGAAGCAGCUGCAUGGCCAUCUUCAAUCGAUGCAGAGUAAUACCGCACCACUGGCCGGACUCAAGGAAGCAGUCACCCGGUCACAAGCAGCAUUGGACUUGUACUCUACCCCGAACGACUGA